AUGAUCAUCCGAGAAACCAAUGCGCUGGCGUUGCGGUCGCAGGACGUCCUUGCGCCAGUCGCCCUGGACGCACAGGUUCCGCUCGAGGGGACAAAUGCAUCACCGUCGGAGCAGCUCCCCCUGCCUGCCCCGGAUUCACCUCCCGAGUCCACCGAGAGCAUCAGCCGCACGUUGCACGACUUGUUGGAUGCUCUCCAUGUGAUGCAAGAUGCUUACUUCGAACUGUGGCAAGGCACUUGGCCGUCGAGUAUCGAUUGGACUGCGGCUGUGCUGGGCACCCAUGUCUCUGCCACACUUGCCUCGCUGACUGCCACCACCGGCGACGUGCUGUCGACCGCUGUGUCACUGGGUGAUCUUGAAGAUUGGAUGCACUCGACGAAGCGCGGUCGAUACGAACUGGGCUCGGAGAACCUGAUCAACCACUUCUUCGACCAGACUUCCGCGUUCUACUUUGGCGAGAAUGCCAUCUCCCUGCGUGGUCAGGCCUUCGAUGAUAUGCUGUGGGUAGUCCUGGGUUGGCUGGAAAACAUGAAGUUUCAAAUCUUGCACUCUGAUCUGCACUAUGACGACCCUUUCUCGCCCAACGCAACUGCGAAGCUACGCUGGCACGGAACCCAGUUUCGAUCCCCCGCGGCGCAUCGAGCACGUGUGUUUUACGGCCUCGCGUCCGGCGGGUGGGAUGAGUUGCUCUGUGGCGGUGGGAUGAUUUGGAGCCCUUACUUGACCCCCUACAAGAAUGCCAUCACGAACGAAUUAUAUAUCUCGGCGAGUAUUGGGAUGUACCUGUAUUUUCCAGGUGACAAAAUUCAAUCCCCCUUUGUGGCAGAAAUCGUUGAGGAUGAGAACUGGUCAGAUGGCUAUCCGCAUAACCCUGCCCACCUGCAAGCCGCCAUUGAGGGCUAUGCCUGGCUCAAUUCGUCUAACAUGACCGAUAGCAAUGGGCUCUAUGGUGACGGCUUCCACAUCAGUGGCUGGGAGAGCGAUGACCGGCCUGGCACCCGCAAGUGCGAUGUCCUUAACACAAUGGUAUAUACCUACAACCAGGGGGUGAUCCUCAGCGGGCUAAGGGGACUCUGGUUGGCAACUGCUUUGCAGCAGUACCUGUAUGAUGGUCAUCAGUUAGUCCUGAAUGUGAUCAAGGCAACCGGAUGGCCCGAUAAGGACAGUCAACAAUGGCAAGGUCUUGGACGCGGCGGUGUUCUGGAGGAAGUGUGUGACUCUUCCGGAAGUUGCUCUCAGAACAGUCACACAUUCAAGGGGAUUUUCUUCCAUCACCUGGCGGAGUUUUGUCGGCCUAUCCGGCCGCAGGAGGUACGAUUCCUGGCUAGUGCGAACCAGACAGAUGAGGAAGGAGAGGCAUGGCAGUAUGUGUACGAGUGGCACCAAGCUCGCUGCCGCGCAUAUCGGCCGUGGAUCGAGCAUAAUGCGAACGCGGCUCUUGUGACUCGGAACAACGAGGGCAAGUUUGGCAUGUGGUGGGGAAACCAGUCCCGCGUAUCUGGGAGCACUAUCACCGAUGAAAGCCCUCUGCCGCCGGGGGCGAUUGACUAUGAGAACUAUGGAGCACGGGCUGAGGGAUCCGAAGGGCUGACGGGACUCCUGCGCAGCCGUGACUCGCGGGGACUCGCUGACGAGAGGUCCGGCUCUGGGAUCGGAACGCAGCCGUACGGUUGGGGGCUCGCAUCCGGGUGGUCACGCUCCUCAGAGGAACAGUCAGACGUAACCGAGCAAGGCAAGCACGAUGCCAAUGAUCGGGGCCGAGGACGUACUGUUGAGACACAGUCAGGGGGCAUCGCAGUGUUGCGGGCCCUAUACCAAUGGAAAAGCUCACCGUCUCUAGCAUGA